AACUUGAACAGUCCCGUGAAAGUCAUAACACGGCUUGUAAGUGUUUUUCGCAAAGUGGGAACGCGAUUUAGCCUCGUGAAUAGUUAAUUAAAAACGCUGUCCUUUAGACUGUGCGUGAUUAUGUUUAAAGGCCAUUCACUUCCAACGUAGGUAGCAAGACUUCAGACAGAGGGGAUGCUAUUCAAAGCCCGCUUCCUUCUGUAGGCCUAAUACUACAGGUGGACAUGGCGAGAAGCACCGAAGAUGACAUCUUGGACGACGACAUCCAACUGAAGGACGAAUAUGAGCUUGACCUUGCGGAUGAAGAGGCACUCCUGGAGCUUGACGACGACGAAGUGACCACCUCUAGUGCCCGGGACCCCUCGUCUGGCGACGACGGCGUGCAGUAUGUGGACGAGGAGGGCAACCUGGUGUCUCUCCAAGACGGCGACACGCUCGUGGUGGUGGACGAGUACAGGUACAGCAGAGACAGGGGAAACGAGGACGAGGACGUCCUGGACGUGGCUGUGGACCCCGACUUCGACUCCCUCAUCCAGGAGUCCGAAGACCUGGAAAGCCAGGGCAGCGUGCGGCCAGCACGCACCACUCGGCCGCCGCCUUCGCCGUCGACGCGGAUGGAUCCCAAGCAGGGCCCACCCCCGGAGGUGCCGGCCACGCCCCCCAGGAGCGAGCCUGCCGCGUCCCCCGCCUCGAGCAGCGUGGAGAGGGGACGGGGCUCCCGCGGGGGCGAAGCCAGCGUCGCGGAGGAAGAGGAGGACGACGAGGAAGAUGACGAGAGCGUGACGGAGGAGCGCCGCCGGGGCCGCUUCAGGGCGGAGCGCCGGGCGGGCCUCGGCGGCUCUGCGGCCAAGAAGAGGCAAGGCAUCCCGGACUCCCUGGACUCGGUGAUCAGCGCUGAGGACGCAGCCAAGGUGGAUGCCUACAUGAGCCGGGAGGACGAGAGGAGGCGGGCCGGGCGCCACGGCAGAGGGCGGGGCUCCCAGGGGUUCCGCCCCCACCAGCAAAAGCGGGGCGGCAUGGGCGCCCACCGGCCGGGCCCAUAUCAGCAGCAGCAGCACAUUGAGCCCUGGCUUCAGUUCGGGGGCGGCCACCAGGGCAUGGGGCCCCGCUUUGCAGUGCCCACCGGCCACCCGGGGUUCCCCGGCAUGGCCCCGGACGCGGGACCCAGGGGCAAGAUCUUCGUGAACCCGCAGUUUCGCAACGGGGCCACCCACGUCGGAGCCCCCGGGAUGCAGGGCGAAGGGCACCGUCCGACGGGAGGCCACCCUUUUGCCGGCCACCAGGGUGCACCCAGAGGUGCUAGCCACCCAUUUGGCGGCGGUCCCCCCGGCACCAUGCCCGGCCCCCCGCAGCAGCAGCAGAUGCCGGAGCCUUUCCUGCGUCCGCCCCCGGGGCAGCAGCAGCGCCAGUUUGGGCCGCCCGGCGGGGCCAUGGUGGGCAGGGGGGACCCCUUUGCCACCCCUAUGGCACCCCACAUGGGACACCACCACCACCAGGGCCCACCCGGGUCCUCUCCGCAGUUCUCGCCCGCCAUGGAGCGGUUCCUGUCGACGGGGCGUCCCGGUGGGGGACUGGAGCCCUUUGACAUGCCCCAGGCGUCGAGGGUCCAGGAGUUUGGGGGACACCACCACCACCCCCACCACCCGGGGAGGGAUGAGGACUUCAGGCUGGACGUUGACCCCUGGGGGUCGCCGCAGUCGGGUCGUCUAGCUCCCGGCACUUUGCCACAGCCCGGCGGCGGGCAGCAGCAGCAGCACCAACAACAGCAGCAGCAACACCGGCCUCCGCCUCCCGUACCAUUCGGGAGUCCCCCACACUUUGGCAGCCCCCCCCUGCAGCAGCAGCAGCCACCGCCCCCCCAGCAACAGCAGCAUCAACACCAGCAGCCAGUGCAGCUCAGCGGUCACCCGUUCCCGGCGAUGUCCCAGCCGUUCCAGGGGAUGCCUCUGCAGCAGAGGGCGGCUCCGCCCCCGCCCAGACUGCAGCGGCAGCAGCAGCAGCAGCCCCCCCAGCACCCCCCGUUCCAGCCCUUCCCCCAGGGACCGCCCUCCCAGCCCCCUCCGGGCCACGGCCCCCAGCAACAGCAGCAGCAGGGGGGCCCCGUGGGCUUCCUGCAGCACGGCCCCGGGCCCCACGGGGGGACGCCGCAGCAGCAGCCGGGCGUUGCGGCGGGCCCCUUUGGGGUGCCCCACUUCCCGCAGGCGGCGGGCCCCUUCGGCAAGAGGCCCACGUCCCCCCCGCCUGUCACAGUACCCCAGAAGACCCUGCGCCUGGAGGCUCCUCACAUGCCGCGCAAGCACAGCCAGGGCACUCCGGGACGCACGGUGAACAACGCCAACAUCAAGGAGGUGCCCAUUGUGGAGAACCUGCCCCCGCCGGAGCCCAUCAAGGCCACUCUGCCCAAGGCCAUCGAGGAGGACUCUGCAACCAAGGAGCUGCGCCGCAAGAUUGAGGAGCAGAAAAAGCUGCGCGAGCAAGUGGUGCGCAUCAAGGAGGAGCGGCGCAAGCUGGCGGCCAUGCAGCGCCAGAAGGAGCUCAUGGAAAAGCGCCUGCUGGCCACCGAGGUGCCCCACAGCGCCCCCAAGCCACAGGGGCAGGGCACCGCAGAAGCCAAGCCUCCGUCGGCCAACCCUGCCAGCAGCCCCGUCUCAGCCCCAGCACCAGCGGCGCAGGCCAGGUCUUCGCUGCUGGGGUCGCAGCCUAAGCCGGCGGCCAUCACGGUGGUCCAGGCGCAGCCGGGAGGGGUAAAGCAGCGCUUGGGGCCGAGGCCGCCGCCCGCCCAGCCCGAGGUCGGCGGCGCCGAAGGCUCGGCGCUCAAGAAGGUGGUGAUCGUGAGGAAGAACCCGCCGCCCCAGAUCAGGCCGGGCGUGCCGCCGGGAAUCCGGGGCGCCGGCAACGUGGUGCCCCUCAGGUCCCAGCCGGGAGCGCAGCGGGGCAACGUGCCUUCGCCCAGGUUUCCCCAGGAGCCUGGGGGUGCUUCGUUCCCACGCAAGAUGAUCCGCAUCGUGUCCCACAACGGCCGCCUCCAGAUGCCGGGAGGCGGGCACCUGCGCAUGAUGGCACCCCUCCUUGGGACUCAGGCGCCUGGAGGCUACGUGGUGCUGUCCCCGAGCGGGGGCCUGGGUCCCAGCGCGGGCCGUGUCCUGGUCUCCAACCUGUCUGUGUCCACCACGGAGAAUGGACUGCGCCAGCUGGGACGGACGUGCGGGGUCAUCAGCGAGAUCAUCCUGGACCGCACGGAGCGGCAGGCGGUGCUCAAGUUCAAGGAGCACCAGCAGGCCGUGCAAUUCCAGAAGAAGUAUCAGAGGCACAUGCUCGACCUGUCCAUGAUCCAAGUGAGCCUGCUGCCGCCGUGACGGGGAUCCAAAGGAGGGAGAGGUAGGACCCCCUUUUUCGGUCACUCCACUUCCGCGGAUUCCGACGAGGGAUCCCGACGCCCCCAAGCCGGAUUCGUCGUAGCCGGGAGAGCGUCGUGCUUCGUUGUCGUCAUCAUCGCCGCUUCUCCAGCCGGCCGUCUCACGUGACCUCACCGGACUGUUGCGGGACUCGCUCUCGCAAAAGUCGCGUAAAUGCACUUGCCGUUUGGUGGCUACGACUCCGCGAGACUGCACAGAGCCCACCAAGAAUCGUUUGUUCUGGUUUGUGUCUUAGACAUUUUAUUUACUUUUUUUUUUCAUGCGACCUGCACGCACGCUACUGGGGAACUGAGGAACGUUCCCAGCCACCGCGCGUGACUUCUCGGCCGUGCCCCUUGAAAAGGGUCGUAACUGCAGCGGGGAACGUCGUCUCGGUUCGAUUUCCGCCAGUUCGUUGUCGCUUACCAGCGCAAGGGUCGCUCCGACCUCCGGUCGAGCGACCCCGACGCGGGGUCAUCGCCACGGACAUGAAAACGACGCGACGCCGGAGGAGGAUGCAACGGCUGCGUUUGCGAAACGUGACUUGUUCGUGGCUUCAUCUUUCUCAUUAGUUUAGUUUUCCCUUUGCCGCAGAGACGUCGGGCGAAAGGUCGUCGGGAGGAACAUUUCUAAGAGAGUGACUGUCCUUUUGAGAUGCGUUGGACAAUGCGGCGAAGCUCUCCGCACAAACGUAGCUCAACGUACGGUCAUUUCGAGUUUUCUUUAGGUUUUUUUUUUCUGCCCUCCGCGCAGGCGCCAUGCCUGGACUCGCGUCGGUGACUGUGCGUGACAUUGUGACGUUCAUUAAAUGCAUAAAGGAAAAAGAAAUUCGUAAAUGUUGUCUCUAUGGAAGGACGGUCUCUGCGGCUGGCACAUGCACAGAGACGGCGGGCCCCUUUCGGCGGGAUAGGGUCGGUUAGGUUUGGGAGGUGGAAGUUCUUCCGGAGAGACGGGUUUUUCUGGCAACUCUCGGCAUGCCCUAGCUUGGCCGCCUCAUCGACCUCAACGAAGCGCAUUUUGUUUGGUUUGUUUACACCUUGCUGUGUCGUUGGUUCUACGAGGCAUACGUCUUGAAAUGACAUCUGGCACGGGUGGAACCCUGAAUCAGCGUUGUUGUGCAAAGAAAUGUUGAAAGUGAAUCGCUUUCACAUUAUAUAUUGUAUAGAUGGAGACUCAUGUUUGUUCAGAGGUAGCUCUUGUUGCGCUUAAUUUCUAGUUUGUAUACUGGUUGAUCAUUCAGCUUCUUGCUUUGCCUCCGUCUACGAGCAAGCACGCAACGUUUUGGGUGUCUAGGUCACUGCGUUCUUCGAGAUCAGGUGCAUUUUGUGCUCUUGGCAGACCGCAUGCAGCACCUCAUCUCUCUGUAUUCGGGAGACUAUCGCCGAAAAGUCUGGUCGUCAUUUGCGCAGUUUUUAUGUUUUUGGGCCGGAUCACACUUUUGUGGGAUAACAAUCCGACGUAGCAUCUGAAAUGCCUUCAAGCAGAGAAGACGGAAACCUCCGAGGAACUUUAGCUGAUCUGGAAAGUUUGUUGCAACUAACGUGAGUCGGGGAGGUAUAGGGCUCAGACUGGGCGAUUCCAAGUUUGAUUGUUUUCUCGUAACCUUCGAGCAGCCGGCGAUGGCCAACGAGCACCAAAGGAAAUGGAAGAGUUGGUUGCUGUCCGGAAAAACCGUGUUGUUGCAAAGCUACACACUCUGCCGUGCUUGCAAACUGGCUUUCGUCCUGAAGGGCACUGCGUCGACUCGUCCAGUGCUUAUUGUCACUUUCGGUGUGCUCUAAGAUAGAGCUGUCUUUAUUGCACUUGGUACCUCGCUGGUAUUGAAACUUUCAAGCAAACUCCCGCACAACGCUCAAACUUUCAACAAGAAUGCUGGGGCAUCUAAAAAGGUAGUAACCUCUGGGAUGGCCACGGAGAUGCAGGUUCACAACCGGAAUGAAAAGACGCAAAGAAUGAAGGGCACCUGUGCAGUUCCUAAAAUUGUAUGGGAUAUGUAACAUUACUCUUCUUUUCAUUGAUGAACCUUGAAAUAUUGAAACCAUUGACAUUUCAGGACGUGUCUUUCCCUUUGGGUCGACCAGGAGAGGUUCGCUGCAAGAAUCAAAGAAUAGGAAAGAUGAAUUGUGCUAGUCAGCCAUUUCUUCUGUAUGGUGCAUUUUACUGCUCCCAAGGGUGUCAUCAGCAAGAUUUUCUCUAUGGUAUUGCUGUUUCCCGGGACACUUGUAAAUAUUAAAAUUCGCUCGAGCUUUGGUUUGGAAAUUACGGCACAUUUGUGUUGUUCAUUUAUAUCUGCCCAUUUGGUUUUUCUGGGCUUUUUCGUAGCAGCCAUUUCACGUCAGUUCGAUCCUCCCAGCUUUUUUUUGGGUGGUAUCUGUCUCCGUUUGAUAGUUGUACCUUUCCAACUAGUCAUUGAGGAUCAUUGAACAGUUGUCCUUCAACUUCACAGGUCUGAAGGUCCUGCAUAUGCCAGUGUUCGGACUACCUCAAAGCGAUUUCCCAUCAAAAUUCCGCGACAAAUUGCCGCACGUCAACACUUUUCCUGGGCAAGUCUGUCUUAGUUGUUUUACUUUGCUUUAUCAUAUAGCUGAACUACUUAAAUUAUAAUUCUAGUCGAAGCGUGCUUCAAUGGACCAAAUUUCUUUUACUACGGUAGGUCGUUUGUAGCUGUUUCGGUUGCUCAUUUGCCGACUUGUCUUCUCUCGUUGUUCACGUCGCACUUCGGGCUCGGGACUGCUCAAAUCGGUCGGCGGCGGCCAUCGAUUGGCAGGGGUGCACACACAAAUUAGUGACCACAUAUCGAUGUGGAGACGUUGCCAGCUGAGACUCGCUCUUCAGAGGAGCCUCCUCCUCCCCAUUACCCCAGCCCCCCUCUCUCCUCAGCUUCUCCUCCCUAGCAGAAGCAGGAGGUCACUUCUUCCUAAGCUUCCGUUUCAACUCGAGUCGCAACUAGCGCAACUGCAAGGUGUAGUCAGAACGACUUGUGCGCUUUGCUUGCAUUCACGAAAAUUGAAAGCGAGGGAUGAGGCCUCUGUGUGCAUCGUUCAACUUUGCGAUAGUUGAGAGCGAGAGAUAAGGCCUCAAUAUGCUUUGUUUACAUUUACAAGAGUUCAGAGUGAGGGAUAAAACCUACCAGCGAAAGCAACCCCCCAGUGGAUGAGAACUUGCGCAACGUACGCUGAUCCUAAAGCUGAGGGCCCAUGCUCGUAGUCUGUACUUCUCAGUCUGUUAGAGAUGGCUGCGAGGAAGCAUAGUCGAGUGGUUUGGUCUGAAAUGAUGCGGCACAACUUUUAAAUUGAUGCCAAACUAGAUGGGUCAGGGAGGCACGAGAAAGAUGACCCGAAGGGCUGUCUACGAGAAUGCACCGGGCUUGGUAACUGCAGCUCGAAAAGACGGAACCUAAAAUUUACGGCCGACAACCGCACGCUUCGUGGAAAAGUGAACACGCAAGCUUGGCUCAGAAACGUGAAAAUUACUCGAGUAAAUGUGGCCCGUGGCUACGGGCUUUGUCGGCUCUUGGGAAAGCUUUGGCUGUUUUCAUUUUCUUUUUAUGCGGAGUCUCUAAUUUCCGUCCACAUAAGACUUCAGUAAUGUAGUCCGUAUUCUCUGUCAUCUGGCUUCUGUUGGCAUAUAAUCUGACAAGCUCGUUGUAUAGAAGGCACCGUGUAACUUAAAUUACGGUUGCGUGUCGAAAGAUUCCCGGCUAGUCUAAAGCGCCGUUCACACACUCGCAAUCGGAUACGACCGAGAGGGACAAGACGGGUUUUUAAGCCUCUUGCUUGUGACAGUGUAGGACCUGCUUCGCAGCGGUGCGUCCAGUCCUCUGCCGUCCCAGGAGGCUUAAAAACCGGUUCUUCUCUUGGUCCUACUCAGUUGCAAGUGUGUGAAUGGUGCCUUAGCGCUUGCUCUUUUGCUAGGGCACGCUAAAGAAUCCCUGUGUUGGUUUGGCACGUAAACUUUCCAGAUUUACUUUGCCCACUUAUGCCGUCAUGUGGUCAUUGUUUUAUUUACAUUGCUUCGUACCCUUCACUACACAUUGUUUUGCUUUAGUGGGAGUGUGUAGCAAAAGCCACAAGCGGAGAGUGCUAGGGUUUGUCAGGUGCACUCACUCACAGGCACUUUAACCAUGCCUCUGGCACAUUUUAAAGUUAGGAGCUGGCACUUCUAGUUUCUAAUGUGUACAGGGUGUCACAAAAAAAA